AUGCAUUCAGACGAUUUGCAUCGGAAAAGGAUCCUCGCUAGCGUUGCGGCUACCGUCAUCUCGCUGGCCUGCGGGACAAAUUAUGUCUACUCAGCAUGGGCGCCGCAGUUUGCGGAGCGGUUGAAGCUCACGGCGACGCAGAGCAACUUGGUCGGCCUCUUUGGUAACCUGGGCAUGUACUCGCUCGGUCCGCUGGUCGGCAUGUUUGUCGACCAUCCCGCCGUCGGCUCCGGCCCCGCCGUCCUCCUCGGCGCAGUGCUGCUCGGUGUCGGUUAUUUCCCACUACAUCGUGCCUACGACAACGCCGCCGGCUCCGUGCCAGUCCUCUGCUUCUUCUCGUACCUCACCGGCAUGGGCAGCUGCCUCGGCUUCUUCGCCGCCGUCAAGGUAUCGGCGCUCAACUGGCCGCACCACCGCGGCACCGCGACGGCGUUUCCCCUGGCCGCCUUUGGCCUCAGCGCCUUCUUCUUCUCCUUUCUCGGGUCCAUCCUCUUCCCGGGCGACCCCAGCUCCUUCCUGGAACUGCUGGCCUGGGGCACCGUGGCGCUCACCUUGAGCGGCUUCUUCUUCCUCAAGGCCUACCCUCACAUGUCGUACCAGGCCGUGCCGGGUGCGGAACCGGGCGCGGAACCGGGCGCCAGCCGGAGCGGCCAGCGCUUGCGGCGCACGUCGUCGGGACGCAACCACCAGCCGCGCGGCUUGUUUGAUGAUGAACCUGGUACGUCCAAUAACUUUACUACUACUACUGCCCAAGUCACCGCGGAUCAUUCCGGUCCCGGUCUUGCCACUGCUCGAGCGGCAGACAGCACAGACACCGAGGACGCUGCAGCAGAUGAGACGUCGUCCCUCAUGUCAGGGUCGUCGAUGGCGAAUCAUGAGGGAAAUGCAAGUGUUGAUAGAGAUCCGUCUCAUCAUGUAGAUAUUCGUGGCUUCCAACUCUUGACUAGCCUGGAGUUUGGGCAAUUGUUUGCCAUCAUGACGAUUCUGGCGGGCGCUGGACUCAUGACCAUUAAAACUGAAAGCCUGAUGGAACAUAGCAAUAUCGGAAACGACGCCAACGUUUUAUGGAAGCAUUACGACAGCUCAAAAGGCGAAGAGUUUCUCGUUCAUCGUCAGCAAAUGCAUGUCUCGAUACUUUCCAUCGGUAGCUUCGUUGGGCGUCUUCUCAGCGGCAUCGGGUCCGAUUUUCUCGUCAAAAAGCUCGGGGCCAGUCGAGUAUGGUGUCUGGUCACGUCUGGUCUCAUCUUCACCGUGGCCCAGGUCUGCGGCCUCACCAUAUCCACGCCCAGCUACCUCUUCCUGCUGUCCGGCCUCUCCGGCAUCGCCUACGGUCUGCUCUUUGGUGUCUUCCCUUCCAUCGUGGCCGAGACGUUUGGCAUCCACGGCCUCAGCCAGAAUUGGGGCUUCAUGACGCUCGCCCCCGUCGUCUCCUCCAACAUCUUCAACCUUGUAUACGGUUCCAUCCUAGAUCACCACAGCGUUUUUUACCCUAGCGGUGAGCGCUCCUGCCAUGAAGGCCUCGAGUGCUACCGCACCGCGUAUGGCAUCACGUUUGCUUCGUGCCUGGUUGGUGUGGCCAUUACUAUAUGGGUCAUCCGUCACCAGUACGUUGCAAAGCUAAAGGUCAUAGGAAAAGCCAACCUAGAGGAUUAG